AUGACCACAUCCCGCCGUAAUAAAGUUAGAAGAGUCGCAGUGAUAGGAGCUGGUCCCGGUGGCCUCGCGGCGGCAAAAUACCUUCUGGCAGAAAAUGCUUUUGAAAGGAUAGACGUCUUCGAACAAGCCCAUGAAGUUGGCGGUGUUUGGACUUAUACCCCUGAAUUUGUCAAAACUCUCAAAGCAGUACCACUUGUGGACCCUAGAGUUCCUCCGGAAGACCCAUUAUGGCAAACUCAUUCAAGCAAAGAAGCUAUUUUCCCAACGGCCAUGUACGACAGCCUCGAGACGAAUAUACCUAACAUCCUAAUGCAAUAUUCAGACCUCCCUUUUCCCGAGGAUUCUCAACUAUUUCCUAAGCGACAAACCGUGAAGUCGUAUCUUCAAGAUUAUGCAAAGGACAUCAUUCAACUCAUCCGUUUUCAGACUCAGGUGCUCAGUGUACAACCUCACGGAGAGUCUGGGCAAUGGUUGCUGAAAGCGAGGAACUUGUCUUCCGGUUCAGAGACAGAGACAGAGGAUAUUUAUGAUGGUGUCGUUGUUGCCAAUGGCCACUACUCCGUUCCAUAUUUACCUGCUGUCAAGGGGAUCACUGCAUGGAAUGAAGAAUAUCCUGGAGUUAUCUCACACUCGAGGUUUUACAGAAAUCCCGAACCUUUCAAAAACAAAAAAGUAAUUAUAGUUGGUAAUUCAGCAUCCGGCCUUGACAUUGGCGCGCAAAUAGGGACUGUGUGCAAACCAAAACUGAUUGUCUCCUCUCAAUCCGCUUCUUAUCUCUCUCCUGGUCCAGAGCAGUACAAAGAAGAAUAUCCUGAAAUCGAAGAGUUCAUCUCUGGAAGAAGAGCAGUGCGAUUCAGAGACGGGCGUGUGGUAGAGGAUAUCGAUGCCAUUGUGUUUUGCACAGGCUACCUGUACUCAUUUCCUUUUCUGCCAGGGUUAACCCCUCCAGUCGUUUCCGAUGGCAGCCGUACUCAGCAUGUAUACCAACAUAUAUUCUACAAUGAUCGUCCAACACUGGCGUUCAUUGGGCUUCCUCAAAAAAUCAUCCCAUUUCCAGUCUCGGAAGGUCAAGCGGCGGUGAUAUCACGUGUUUGGUCCGGCCGGCUCACCCUUCCCGACAAAUCUGAAAUGGAACAAUGGGAAGACGCAGAGGUAUCUGAUCGCGGAGCAGGGAAGGCGUUCCAUACGCUCAUGUUCCCUUUAGAUGCCGACUACCUUGUCUCGCUUCAUGAAUGGGCACUGGAAGCACAGACGAAGGACGGUCUCCAAAACAACGGACGCGGUAAAAUACCUCCAACAUGGGGAGAUAGGGAACGGUGGAUGAGAGAGAGAUUCCCUGCAAUUAAGCACGCGUUUGCGGCUAAGGGGGAGGAAAGGCAUCGAAUAAAGACGAUAGAGGACCUAGGCUACGAUUACGAGGCCUGGAGACAGGAAAACGACGAAGCAUCGAAAUUAUUAUAG